AUGUCCUUCUACCCACAGUACGAUAUCUACGACCUUAUGGAAGCUGUCAACCAAAGAAGAAUGUUGCAGCAACAACAGCAACAACAACAGCAACAGCAACGCCGCCGUGCUCAAAUGGUCCAACCACAACGCCGCCAACAAGAACAACCGGUUUAUUUCGCUCAAGCUCGUCCAUCUGCCGGUAGACGUGGUUAUGGUCAACGUCAAUCAUCGUAUGCAAGUCCUUUUGCCGGUUACUCCCCUUGGUAUGUUCCAGAAUAUGAAGAUGAAGAUGGUGAAGAUGAUGACAGCAAGGUGUACACCCUUGAAGAUAUUUUGAACUUGGUCAACCGUCACCGCCACAGAUCUUUGCAAUCUGAACGUCUUGAUGCUUCAGAACUUGCUCAAAAGAGAAGACAAGCCGAACAAGAGCUUGCGGCUAAGAAACAAGCUCAAGAAUGUGCUGAAGAAGCUGCUGCGGUUGCUCAAUUGAAAGAACAACAAGAAGAAGCCGAAAAGAAGUUGAAGGCGGCCCAAGAUGAAGAAGAUUCGGUCAUGACUGAUGCCGAGGGACCACAACCUCAAGUAUUCGACAUUGCUGAUUUUAUCAGACAAGCUUUGCUUGCUGGAUCCGAAGAAGAAGAAGAAGAAGAAGCUUCAAGACCGGCAUCUCCAGUGACUCCUACCGAAACUGUUACUUCUGAAGCACAAGAAGCUGAAUCAGUUCCUGCAAAGAAACCAGAAAUCACCAAAAAACCAUCAUCUGCUUCUGUCAAGAAAACCCCAACCAAGGUUUCUUCAUUCCACAUGCCUGCCCCAUCUCCAAUCCAUGAUCCACUUCAAGUCUCUCAUCCAGAAAUGGAUCGCGGCUUGCCAUUCUCUCCAAACGUUGAUGUUUAUGACAAACCAUCUCAAUAUAAAGUGGUGUUGGCAUUACCAGGUGCCAGUAAGGACUCAUUUGAAAUUGAUUUCCAUCCAACUAACCACGAGCUUGUGAUUCGCGGUUCCACCGAUACCAAGAACAAGAUGGUCUCCUCUUCUAACGAUGGUGAAGUGGAUUAUCUUAAGGUUAGUGAAAUCAGAUUUGGUGCCUUUGAAAGAAGUAUCAAGUUUCCAAUCCUUCCAAAGAUCAACGAUGAAGCUAUUGGUGCUAAAUACAGCAAUGGUUUGCUUGAAGUGUGUGUUCCUAAAGUUGCUGAAAAGGAAGCAGCUAAACCAAAGAAGAGAGUCACCGUUGAAGAAGUUGAAGAUGAAGAAUUGAAAUUCGAAGAAGGUAUGAAAAAGCUUUGA